AUGCAGUCCACUCGCGCGCCACUUUCUGCUUACAACGAAAACAAGCUGAACGCCGACGUCAACAAGAUGUCGCUGGGCAAAGAAAACACGCCCCCGAGCCUGAAUUCCUCGCGAAUCCUGGCGUCCAAAACCGCGCGCAAAAUCUUCUCCGAGUCGCCGGUAAGUGACGUCAAAGGUCAACAAAAUGAGCGGCGGAACGUCGGAGGUGAGGAGGCGGAGCCUUUGCUGAAGGACAACCCCCGCCGCUUUGUCAUUUUCCCCAUCCAAUACCAUGACAUCUGGCGCAUGUACAAGAAGGCUGAGGCGUCUUUCUGGACAGCUGAGGAGGUGGACCUGUCCAAGGACACACAGCACUGGGAACUUCUGAAAGAAGACGAGAGGUUUUUCAUCUCGCACGUGUUGGCCUUCUUCGCGGCCAGCGACGGCAUCGUCAACGAGAACUUGGUGGAGCGCUUCACGCAGGAGGUCCAGGUGACGGAGGCGCGCUGUUUCUACGGCUUCCAGAUCGCCAUGGAGAACAUCCACUCGGAGAUGUACAGCCUCCUCAUCGACACCUACAUCAAGGACCCCAAAGAGAGAGAAUACUUGUUCAACGCCAUCGAGACCAUGCCGUGCGUCAAAAAGAAGGCCGACUGGGCGCUCCACUGGAUCGGCAACAAGAACGCCACCUACGGUGAGCGUGUGGUUGCCUUCGCCGCCGUGGAGGGCAUCUUCUUCUCAGGGUCCUUCGCCGCCAUCUUCUGGUUGAAAAAACGCGGCCUCAUGCCCGGACUCACCUUCUCCAACGAGCUCAUCAGCAGAGACGAGGGUCUCCACUGCGACUUUGCUUGCCUGAUGUUCAAGCACCUGGUCAACAAGCCGUCCGCCGACACGGUGACGUCCAUCAUCAAAAACGCGGUGGCCAUCGAGCAGGAGUUCUUGACGCAAGCGCUGCCCGUCAAGCUGAUCGGGAUGAACUGUGAGCUGAUGAAGCGCUACAUCGAGUUCGUGGCCGAUCGCCUGAUGAUGGAGCUCGGCUUCGCUAAGCUCUUCAAUGUGGAGAACCCCUUCGACUUCAUGGAGAACAUCUCGCUGGAAGGCAAAACAAACUUCUUUGAGAAGCGCGUGGGCGAGUACCAGAGGAUGGGCGUCAUGGCCACUGGCGCCGACCAUGCGUUCACACUGGACGCCGACUUCUGA